AAUCCGCGUCUUCCGCCACCAUCUUGCUUUCCGGUAACCUGCCAGUGACCGUGGGUCACAGCAGAUUUGAGCUAUGAAGCUGCUAACUAAAGCCGCGACCCUCUCGAGAUUUUAUUCCCUCAAAGUUGCUCCCAAAGUGAAAGCCUCGGCGGCCCCCACAGAAGCCCUUCCAAAACCUCAGGAUCUUGAGUUCACCAAAUUACCAAAUGGGUUAGUGAUUGCUUCCCUGGAAAACUAUGCCCCUGCAUCCAGAAUUGGCUUAUUCAUUAAAGCAGGCAGUAGAUAUGAGGACUCCAGCAAUUUGGGAACCUCUCAUUUGCUGCGUCUUGCAUCCACCUUGACUACAAAAGGAGCCUCAUCUUUCAAGAUAACCCGUGGAAUUGAAGCAGUGGGUGGUAAAUUAAGUGUGACUGCAACAAGAGAACACAUGGCCUACACUGUGGAAUGCAUGCGGGAUGAUGUUGAUACUGUAAUGGAAUUCCUGCUCAAUGUCACAACAGCACCGGAAUUUCGGCGUUGGGAAGUAGCUGCCCUUCAGUCUCAGCUAAAGAUCGACAAAGCUGUGGCUUUCCAGAAUCCACAGGCGUGUAAGUGCAUUUUCAGAUUGCAUUACUAUGUCCAGAACAAUUUUACGAGUGCAAGAAUGGCUUUGAUUGGACUUGGUGUGAGUCAUCCUGUUCUAAAGCAGGUGGCUGAACAGUUUCUCAACAUGCGGGGCGGACUCGGUUUAUCUGGUGCGAAGUCCGUCUACCGUGGAGGUGAAGUUCGAGAACAGAAUGGAGACAGUCUGGUACAUGCUGUUCUUGUAGCAGAAAGUGCCGCCAUAGGAAGUGCAGAAGCCAAUGUAUUCAGUGUUCUCCAGCAUGUGCUCGGUGCAGGGCCACAUGUCAAGAGGGGCAGCAACGCCACCAACGCUUUAUACCAGGCUGUUGCCAAAGGGAUUCACCAGCCAUUUGAUGUUUCUGCUUUUAAUGCCAGUUACUCAGAUUCCGGCCUCUUUGGGAUUUACACCGUCUCACAGGCUGCAGCUGCCGGAGAUGUGAUCAGGGCUGCCUAUGACCAAGUGAAAACCAUCGCUCAGGGAGGCCUUUCUGAUACAGUUCUCCAAGCUGCCAAGAACAAGCUAAAAGCUGCGUACUUAAUGUCAGUGGAGUCUUCGGAGGGUUUCCUGAAUGAAGUGGGACUCCAGGCUUUAGUUGCUGGUUCCUAUGUGCCGCCAACCACAGUCCUUCAGCAGAUUGACGCAGUGACUGCCACUGAUGUCAAAAAUGCUGCGGUGAAGUUUGUUUCUGGCAAAAAGUCCAUGGCAACCAGUGGAAAUUUGGGGCAUACACCUUUUCUUGAUGAGUUAUAAUACUGAAAUACUAACCAUUUUCUCAAGUCAUAGAAGCAAACACAUGACAGUUAAAAAUGUCUAAUAUAACAUUUAUCCUUUUUUGUUUUCUUUCAACAACCUAGAAUAUCUUUGAAGCAUGAAUGGGUAAUUAUUCCCAACUAACCUAAAUUCAAUAAAAUAUGCUAUUUAAA